AAUAAUCGAGCUCACCUGCGCGUCUUGUCGGUUCUCGAAUUAUUUGCACUAAAAUACUGCAAAAAACACUAAUUUAGACUUUAUUUAUUGUCAAAAAUGUGCUUGAUUAUGUUAGGAAUCUGUUAAAACUAAAACUUGACAGUGUAACUCAAAAAUGGAUGAGAAACUUGCAAUUCUUUGAAGCCGUUUUGCUUCAUCACAGCUUUUGCGGCUUGGUGCUUCGUGUUGUCAUUCAGCGGACGAAACCGUGCACACACAACGAAGGCUAAUCGAGCGAGCUGUGUUUGUUUUGCUUCGCUGCUAGGCUGCCGGCUAGCUAGGAUAAGAAAGGUUUAUCAGUUUGUUGUUUGUGGAACGCUUGGAAUUAACAGUACCUACUAACUGUGCACGAUGGAUAACGACAGUGAUAAUGAUAAUGACCACGAUCAGGAUAACGAUAAUGAUCACGAAGGCGAGCUGAACUUGGCCGGUUUUCUGUUCGGCAAUGUCGACGAGCACGGCCGGUUGGAGAACGACUUCCUGGACGAGGAAGCCAAGCAGCAUCUUUCAUCGCUGUCACGGAUGGGCUUAUCGUCAUUCUUGGCUGAUGUGCUAACCGAUGGAACCGAGAAAGCGCCCGUCGAGCAUAGCGAUAGUGAUGAUUCUUUAUCCAGCGACGACCAUCGGUACGACGAUAACGAUGACGAUAAUGCCAAUUACAAAAUCAAAGCGGAAGAUGCCGUGGACUUUUCGGACUUCAACGAGUUGGCGGAGGACUUACCGGUUGCAUUGGAACCUUCAGAUAAAAGGAAAGAUUCGGGUGGAGAUGACGAUUAUGACGACAUUGAAGCGGCCAUUCCGGUAAGUAAGGUGGACCUAAAAGGAUCCAACUCCGAUGCUGGCCGCGAUGGAGAUGACGAGAAGGAAGAUGGAGAUGAUGCGGUGGAUGAUAAGCAGUUGAUGCCACCUCCCAGUGCCCCAAUCAGCGGAGCAGAGGGAAAGACAGAUGACGAUGGAAGUGCUACGGAAAAACCAAGAACGGAACGAAAGUUAGAUACACCUCUUGCGGCGAUGUUGCCCUCAAAAUACGUAGAUGUAGAUGUACGUGAAUUGUUUCCAGAUUUUCGCCCGGAUAAGGUGCUUCGAUUCUCAAGGCUUUUUGGGCCGGGUAAAAUUUCCAGUCUACCGCAGAUUUGGAGAAGUGUCCGCCGUCGGCGCAAGAAGAAGCUUCAGAAGCUAAAAAUGAAAGAUGGUUCAGAUUCUACAUCUGAUUCGGAUGAACCACGUCGUAGGCAUGGGUUUAGUUGUGUUUAUGCUCCCGUUCCAUCGCGAGACCAAUGGGCGUCCGACGACGAGGACAAAUUGUUGAGCUUAACUCGAGAGGAAGAAAAAGAGGAAAAACCGGACACCGAUACGGGUGGUGAUUCCAAGCCCAAAGUGGCAGAUUGGCGUUUCGGCCCUGCUCAAGUAUGGUACGACAUGUUGGACGUUCCGGAAACUGGCGAGGAUUUUAACUAUGGCUUCAAGACCACCGAUAGAAAGGAAGAAGUAGACAUCAAAGGCGAACCCAUCCCGGAUGACGCUUUCUUGAUGGUAUCCCAACUGCACUGGGAAGAUGACGUUGUUUGGGACGGAAACGACAUAAAGCAUAAAGUGCUGCAAAAACUAAAUUCAAAGAUUAACGCUGCCGGUUGGCUCCCGUCAAGUGGAUCCCGAACGGCUGGAGCAUUUAGCCAGCCUGGAAAAAGUAUUCCAGCUUCACCAGCUGUUUCUGGCUCGAAGCAUGGGUCCGGUCAGGGAAAAAUGAGUAAAGCACAAAUGAUCAUAAACGCUGCACAAAACAAACAGCAGGAAGAGAAUGACGACACCUGGUACAGUAUCUUUCCGGUUGAAAACGAAGAGCUGGUUUACAGCAAAUGGGAAGAGGAGGUGAUUUGGGAUGCGGAAGCUGUUUGUAAAGUUCCGAAGCCAAAAGUUCUUACUUUGGAUCCUAACGAUGAGAACAUUAUUCUUGGUAUUCCCGAUGAUAUCGAUCCUUCAAAGAUCAUAAGAAACACGGGACCGACUCCCAAAGUUAAAAUCCCUCACCCACAUGUCAAGAAGUCGAAGAUUCUUCUAGGAAAGGCUGGUGUCAUAAACGUACUGGCUGAGGACACACCUCCACCGCCUCCAAAAAGUCCCGAUCGUGAUCCUUACAACAUCUCCAAUGAUGUAUUCUACAUGGCUAAAUCAUCGGAAGCCACUCUCAAACUCAAGGUUGGUGGCGGGAAUCUGCUGCAACAUUCAACGCCGGUCGUCGAAUUGCGCGCUCCGUUUAUCCCGACGCACAUGGGUCCGAUGAAGCUGCGAAUGUUCCAUCGGCCGCCGAUGAAAAAAUACUCUCACGGAGCACUGGCAUCGAUCAACCCGCAACCGGUGCUUCCUCUGCUAAAGCACAUAAAAAAGAAGGCCAAACAGCGAGAGCUGGAACGGAUCGCUUCCGGCGGCGGCGAUGUUUUCUUCAUGCGAACUCCAGACGAUCUGUCCGGUCGUGACGGUGAACUUGUCCUCGUCGAAUUUUGCGAAGAGCAUCCACCGCUGAUGAAUCAAGUUGGAAUGGCUACCAAAAUCAAAAACUACUACAAACGUAAGGCAGCUAAGGAUGCCGGACCUCCGGAAUUCAAAUACGGUGAACUUCAUUUCGCCCACACUUCCCCUUUCUUGGGAAUCCUACAUCCGGGUCAUUGCAUGCAGGUAGUUGAAAACAAUAUGUAUCGAGCUCCAAUUUACCAGCACCACGUUUUGGAAACAGAUUUCCUCGUCAUACGAACGCGCAGCAACUACUUCAUCCGAGAGGUGGACGCGCUGUUUACAGCCGGCCAAGAAUGCCCACUGUACGAAGUUCCAGGUCCAAAUUCUAAACGGGCCAAUAAUUUUGUUCGCGACUUCCUACAAGUUUUCAUCUACCGGCUGUUUUGGAAGAGCAAGGACAAUCCCCGCAAGAUCCGUAUGGACGACAUCAAGAAGGCAUUCCCGGCUCACUCCGAGAGUAGUAUCCGCAAGCGGUUGAAGCAGUGCGCAGACUUUAAACGUACCGGCAUGGACUCCAACUUUUGGGUGAUCAAACCAGAAUUCCGACUCCCAUCGGAAGAAGAAAUCCGUGCGAUGGUCUCCCCCGAGCAGUGCUGCGCCUAUUUCAGUAUGAUUGCAGCUGAGCAGCGUUUGAAGGACGCCGGAUACGGAGAGAAGUUUAUAUUUGCCCAGCAGGAGGAUGACGACGAGGAAAUGCAACUGAAGAUGGACGACGAAGUAAAGGUAGCCCCGUGGAAUACGACCCGAGCGUACAUUCAGGCCAUGCGAGGCAAGUGCAUCCUGCAGUUGAACGGUCCGGCUGAUCCGACCGGUUGUGGCGAAGGGUUUUCCUACGUGAGGAUGCCCAACAAGCCGACGCAACAAAACAAAGAAGAAAUUGAAAGCCAACCGAAGCGUACGGUCACUGGAACAGAUGCCGAUUUACGACGCCUUUCGCUCAACAACGCUAAAGCUCUUCUAAGAAAAUUUCAAGUCCCGGAAGAGGAAAUCAAAAAGCUCUCCCGAUGGGAAGUCAUCGACGUUGUGCGGACUCUGUCGACCGAGAAAGCCAAAGCUGGCGAAGAGGGCAUGGAUAAAUUCUCCCGUGGUAAUCGGUUCUCGAUUGCCGAACACCAGGAACGCUACAAGGAAGAGUGCCAACGUAUCUUCGAUCUGCAAAACAGGGUGCUCGCUUCGUCCGAAGUGCUAUCUACGGACGAGGGUGAAUCAACGGCUUCCGAAGAAUCGGACCUGGAAGAACUGGGCAAGAAUUUGGAAAAUAUGCUGGCCAACAAGAAGACGUCCACGCAGCUGUCGCUGGAACGAGAGGAACAGGAACGCCAGGAACUGCUAAGGAAGAUCAUGGAAGAGCAAGGCAGUUCGAGUAGGGGUAAAAAGAAGGAUGACGAUUUGAAGGAUUUGCAGCAAGUUCCUACCACAAAAAUCCUGAAGAUUACUCGAACCUUCAAAAACUCCGAAGGUCGCGAGUAUACACGUGUAGAAAUUGUCCGCCGAGCGCCAGUCAUUGAUGCCUAUACGAAGAUUCGCACCACCAAGGAUGAAGCAUUCAUCAGACAAUUUGCCACUCUAGACGAAGCCCAGAAGGAGGAAAUGAAACGUGAAAAGCGUCGCAUUCAGGAACAGUUGCGGCGAAUCAAGCGCAACCAGCAGAAGAUUGGUAUGAUGCAACAACAGCACCAGCAACAUUCAGUUGGAACUCCCAUCAGUUUAGGUGAUCGAGAAACUCUGGGCAGCUCAAAAUCCAGCACGCAUACUUCGACGCCCAAGGAAAGUCACGCUAAGGAGCAUAGUCCUUCGUCGCGCAAGAAGGUGAAACUAAAGCCAGAUCUCAAACUGAAGUGUGGAGCGUGUGGACAAGUGGGACACAUGCGGACGAAUAAGGCCUGUCCGCUCUAUACGGGCACAAUCCCGACGCCUUCGUUGAACGUGGCAAUGACUGAAGAGCAGGAAGAGGAGAUUGAAAAAGAACUGAACGCAGACGAUGAAGAUCUAGUGAAUGUUGAUGGCACUAAAGUUAAGCUGAGUGGUAAGUUGCUUAAGCGGCACGAAGAUGUGAAGAGAAGGACUUUGCUGCUGAAGGUACCGAAAGAAGCCGUCAGUAAAAAACGACGCCGCGUUGGAGGCGAUUCCAACUGUGACUAUCUGAAGCGACAUAACAAAACUGCAAAUCGCAGAAGAACUGACCCUAGCGUACUGUUAUCUUCACUACUGGAGCAGAUAUUGAACGAAUUGCGUGACAUGCCGGAUGUGGCACCAUUUAUGUUCCCCGUCAAUGCCAAACAGGUGGUAGACUACCACAAAAUUGUUCAACGGCCAAUGGACCUGCAAACUAUUCGUGAACACAUUCGGCAGAAGAAAUAUCAAACUCGGGAUGAGUUUAUUGCUGACAUCAACCAAAUUGUCGAAAACUCUUCGCUUUAUAAUGGAGCGAAGAGUUCCCUAACGAUAGCAGCUCAACGAAUGCUCCAAAAGUGCAAAGAUCGAAUGCAGGAGAAAGAAGAACGGUUGACCCGACUGGAGAAGAGUAUCAAUCCGCUGCUGGAUGACGACGACCAGGUAGCGUUGUCGUAUAUGCUCGGUGAGUACGUGAAUGGUCCGUUGAAGGCAAUGCCGGAGAGCUGGCCCUUCCUGAAACCUGUCAACAAACGCCUGGUGAAGGAUUAUUAUACCAUCAUUCGGAAACCGAUGGAUUUGGAGAAGAUUUCGAAGAAGGUGGCUUCGCAUAAGUACCACUCCAGGGUAGAUUUUUUGCAAGAUAUACAGCUGAUUGCGGACAAUUGCGAAACCUACAACGGAGCGGAAGCAAACUUUACCAGGCAAGCACGCCACAUGGUGGAGGUUGUCAAGCAGGCGCUGGAGUCGAUGGAUAACAUGGCUCAACUGGAAAAGAACAUUGCCUUGGUUCAGGAACGCGCACGCAAUGAGGACAUCGACUGGGAGGAUGACGAACGAGACGGCAAGUACUUCCAAGGAUCGCGUGACACCUCGCCGGAUCGGGACUACGGCGACGAAGACAUCAGCAACUUGGAUCGACCGUCGUCGGCUGCGUCGAUGGCGUCCAGCCGGCCGGGUCCCAGCGGGCUGAUGAGGCCGAACAUGGAUGGCAAGAAGGCGCGUGGAAGACCGCGUAAGAUGCAACAUGAAGAAGAAUUCCCGGGCAUGAUGAUGUCACAGAUGAUGAACAGAAUGCUGCUCAAGCGCUCCCGUGGCCGCCCCCGUAAGGACCGCGACGAAUUUGGCGUCGGCAGCACCCCCACCGGUAUGGCCAUCCAGAGCGGUAGUCAUAUGCGAGGCAAUCAAGGCGGCUUUGGAAGUAGUGGACCCGCACGGGAGCUCGGUGGGUACGAUGGUAUUCCGUCGAGUUCAUCCACACCACUGUUGGCCACCGAUCCGUCUGCCUCUGCCUUUGAAAUGAACUGGAUGGCAAAUGCGGGCUCCUCGGAGAUGGAUAGGACCAAGCUAAUGAGUACUAACAAUUCGUACGGGCAUGACAGUACAGUUGCUACUACCAGAGGUGGAAGAUACUUUGGGGAUUCGGGGCUUUUUGGGCGACAUAAGCAAGGUGGUCAAUAUUCGACCGACGAUGAGGAGUUCGAAGAAGUCACCAUGAGCGAUAAUGAGGGAGUUUCAGUGACACUUGACCAAUCGAAUGCUCCAUCAAAUUCCUCUAUUUUACCUCCUCAAGAAGGGGACAGUCAACAGGCAGCAGAAGCCAUGGUACAGUUGAGUGGUACGCAGUCAUUCUACCAAACGGCCGAAGAAUCAAUGGAAAUCGAUCCUAACUAUGAUCCAAGCGAUUUUCUCGGAAUGUCCAAUCGACAGAUGGGCACAGACACUGGCGGGCAGUCUGGAACAAUCGAUGCCAAUCAAUUUGCAUAUCAGCAGGGCAGUGCAUUCGAUCCUAACUUCCAACAGUUCCAGCAGCAACCGUCACAGUUUGAAGAUCAACAAAUUAUGGGUAAUGUUGGAGAACUUCAACAACAGGAACAAGCGCAACAGCAACAGCAGCCGCCGGCGGUUUUGCCACCAUUACAAUCAUUGCAUAAGGAUCUGGCCAUCUCGGACAGCGAUGAUGAGCAGAACAAUUUGCAAAUGGAUAUAUUUAACAAUGCGAAUGAGAAUGAUGAUAAUGACGACGGAGGAGGACUUUGGUUCUAAACAUUUUCAAUUCUACAUAAUCGACUUAGUUUAAGAUACAUAUGAAAAGAAAAUAUAGAUAUGUUACAUUAUGAAGUAUACAA